GCGGCAUUCACUUCCGGGCCGCGGUCUAGGGCAGCUACGUGUGUUGUCAUAGAGACCAUUUUGCGUUAACUGGUUGGUAGCUUCUAGCCUGGGGGCAGAGCGACUGCGGGCUAGCGCUUCCCCUACUCCCUCUCGGCUCCCUGUGGCCCCAGGGCUUAAGCGGGCUCCGGCGGUCUGGCCUAGGGAUUCCCGUGGCCCCUUUGGGGCGGGAUGGCUACGGAAGAAGAGGACGAGGUGGAGUGGGUGGUGGAGAGUAUCGCAGGGUUCCUGCGAGGCCCGGAUUGGUCCAUCCCCAUCUUGGACUUUGUGGAGCAGAAAUGUGAAGUUUUUGAUGAUGAAGAAGAAAGCAAAUUGACCUACACAGAGAUUCAUCAGGAAUACAAAGAACUAGUUGAAAAGCUGUUAGAAAGUUACCUUAAAGAAAUUGGAAUUAAUGAAGAUCAAUUUCAACAAGCAUGCACUUCUCCUCUUGCGAAGACCCAUACAUCACAGAAAGGGGGUUGUGCUGUGUUGCUCAGGCUGGUCUUGAGCUCCUGGCAUCAAGCAAUCCUCCUGCCUCAGCCUCCCAAAGCUCUGAGAUUACAGGCCAUUUUGCAACCUGUGUUGGCAGCAGAAGAUUUUACUAUCUUUAAAGCAAUGAUGGUCCAGAAAAACAUUGAAAUGCAGCUGCAAGCCAUUCGCAUAAUUCAAGAGAGAAAUGGUGUAUUACCUGACUGCUUAACAGAUGGCUCUGAUGUGGUCAGUGACCUUCAACAGGAAGAGAUGAAAAUUCUGAGGGAAGUUCUUAGAAAAUCAAAAGAGGAAUAUGACCAGGAAGAAGAAAGGAAGAGGAAAAAACAGGUGCCUACAGAACAUAUAACAAAAUUAUCAGAGGCUAAAACAGAAGAGCCCACAGUGCAUUCCAGUGAAGCUGCAAUAAUGAAUAAUUCCCAAGAGGAUGGUGAACAUUUUGCAGCCCUACCCUCAGAAGUUAAAGUGCAUUUUGCUAAUCAGUCAGUAGAACCUUUGGGAAGAAAGGUGGAAAUGUCUGAAACUUCCUCCCUCCCACAAGAAGGCCUAAAGAUUCCUGACUUAGAACAUGCGAGCAUUGAAGGACCAAUAGCAAAUUUAUCAGCACUUGGAACAGAAGAACUUCGGCAACGAGAACACUAUCUCAAGCAGAAGAGAGAUAAGUUGAUGUCCCUGAGAAAGGAUAUGAGGACUAAGCAGAUACAAAAUACGGAGCAGAAGGGAAAACCCACUGGGGAGGUAGAGGAAAUGACAGAGAAGCCAGAAAUGACAGAGAAGCCAGAAAUGACAGCAGAGGAGAAGCAAACAUUACUAAAGAGGAGAUUGCUUGCAGAGAAACUCAAAGAAGAAGUUAUUAAUAAGUAAUCAUUAAAAACAGUUUAACAAAAUGGAAGUUCAAAUUGUCUUAAAAAUAAAUUUAGUCCUUCCACUGAGA